CUGCUCUCCUCUGAGAUCUCUAAUACUGUGAUCAGCGUCGCUGCUCUCCUCUCUCUGACACUGGGACCAGGAAUAUUGCUACAACGGCUGAAACAUUUGCCCUCAGUGGCUCAGACAUAAACGGGGAACAGUUGAAGUGAGGUUGACGGUGACUCACCACAAAGCAAUGUGGACCCAGGGAAUGGAGAGAGAGAGAUGAAGUGGUCGCUGAAUGAACCAAAUUGCCCUUUAACCUGGUCUCUCUUCCAGGAAUCGGGAAUGUGUUUCAAAUAUUUUUCCAGGCUUUUGGGCUGGCUGGACUCAGAGCUGGCUUGCAGGGCUUCAAUGAACGGUUCACACCUGGCCUCCAUCCACUCGGAGGAUGAGAAUAACUUUGUGUUCUACCUGAUAAGACGGAAGACUCCCUACGAUAUAAACGCCUGGAUUGGAUUGCAAAGCAUGUUUAUGAGUGAUGAAAUAAACAAGUUUGAAUGGAUUGACCAAUCGAUGGUUAAUUAUCUCAACUGGGGACAAUUUUACAAAGACAUCGCUGGCUCCUGUACAAGAAUCAAUCCAUACGGGACCUGGGAGGUCCUAUUCGGUGACGAGGAGCUCGGGCACGUGUGCAGUGUAGAAGCUGAAUAUUAGUGACAGCCCCAGGCAGUGGGGGCUGGUGUGACUGCAGUUACCUGCUGUGUCUGUCUCUCUGUGAACUGUGCACAAGUUGAGAUGAGCGACUUCAAUGACUCAAUUGUAUCAGAGAGCAAUAAAGCGUAACUCUAAUCAA